CCCCGACCCACCAGAGCUGUCAACACGAACUCACUGACGGACAGUCAAGACAGUCAGGCAUCAAUGCUGGCGUACGCUGCCUCUCUCCUGCUCUCCUCCGCCGUGACGACGCCUCUGUGCACUCUUUGCCCGCCGAUGGUGCCUCACCUCACGCGGCCGAACGCAAAGGUGCUUCACCUCGUCGCGGGCGGCGAGGCCCGCUCGUCCCUCGCGACCGCCACGCAGGACUCGGUCGAGCUUGCGGUGUGCACGGCAGCAGUUGAACCGACCGCGCGGGCGUUCUUCGGCCGGCACCAUGUGUUGGCCGCUCUUGAGCAGUGGGAGCUAGCUCUGCAGAAUGGCGACAGCGGCGAGGAGGAGGCGGCCGCUGCGUUGAAAGAGAUUCUCGCGCUGCCUGAGCGUGAGAUUGCCGUCGUCUCGGACCCGCGGCUGCUGCACCACUGGACGAACGCCGGCCAGCAGCCACUCGCGGCCCAGCCGCACUCUCUCCGGCUCGACCCGCGCCUGCGCCCUGCAACCCCGCCCGCGCCAGGGUACGCCGCGGAGGAAGCACUGCAGGCGCUGAGCGAUCAGCCGCCCCUCGUCGGCUACCCCUCGCCUCACAUGGAGCGGAUGCUGCGGCCGCCGUUUGAGGACGGCGAGUUCCGAAUUGUCGUGGCGGUGCCGCCGCCGAGCUGACCGCAGCGGUGAGCGGCAUACACGCGCAUCGCGCAAGCAUGCGGUUUCCGGUGUGACGGGGUAGCCCUGGCGGGCGGGAACGGUCGGUUGCGGCAGGUUUCGACUCAAGAAUGAAUAAAAGACAUUCAA